AUGUCUAAUACUGGCAUGAAGCCGCCGGAGGACGCCUCCGAACGGAUCCAUGCCCUCGUCCACUAUGAAGACGACUACGUGCAGCCUCUCCUCAUGGCCGCUCUGAAGGCACGCUUACCACCGGAAAUUGUUCACUUUGUCGAGGUGAAUACGCCUGAGAGUCCUCUUCGAGACCUACCAGACGGUCGACUGCUGCAAUGGCGACAGUACGAAUCUACCGACUUUGACCAUGUGCUCUCACACACGGCGACCAGCCUGGCCAACUCGUAUAUUAUCCGGAAGGCUCUCAUCCGGAAACACUACUUAUCUACUACUGUCGCACAUUGGGUUGCCAAACAUCCGUCUUCGCUUCUAAAGAACCAUGUUAAGCCUGCCGUAGAGUUCGAGCUUGACUACGCGGAAUUCCUGGACGAUGCCUUGGAUCAGGCAGAGGCUUGGGAGCUGAGGGAGAGCUGGCGGCGCAACGAGAGUCUGGAAGAUGACGCAAAGGUGUGGUGGAUAUUGAAGCCCGGUAUGAGUGAGCGUGGGCAGGGCAUCAGGCUUUUCAGUUCGGAGGAGGAGUUGCAGGCUAUCUUUGAGGAAUGGGAUCCUGCCGACUCUGACGACGAAGCAGAGGAGCAGCCAGACGAUAUUGAGGACUCAGAUCAGGCUGGGAACAGUAAUGGCGUCCAGCCCAAUGGAGUCAGGACAUCGCAUCUUCGGCAUUUCAUCGCGCAGCCUUACAUUCAUCCUCCAUUGCUUUUAUCGCAACCUCAUCCUUCAGCAGAUCGGAAGUUCCAUAUCAGAACCUAUGUCCUCGCCGCCGGGGCCUUGAGAGUGUGUGUCUGCAGACGCAUGCUCGCCCUCUUCGCGGCAGAAUACUACGUCUCACCCGCCAGUGAUUCCGCAUCACCGAACGAGGAUCUCUCAGCCCACUUGACAAAUACCUGCCUCCAGUCUGGAGAACGAGAAGGCAGCGUGCGAGACUUUUGGUCGCUGCCAUCUGACAUCCAGUCAUCAACAUUAGACUCAAGCUGGAAAGACAACGUCUUCGAACAAAUCUGCGCUAUCACAGGCGAAGUCUUCGAGGCAGCAGCUCGAGGCAUGAGCAUACACUUCCAAACUCUACCAAAUGCUUUCGAGAUAUUCGGACUGGACUUCCUGGUAGAUGCAGAAGGUACUGCAUGGUUGUUGGAGGUAAAUGCGUUCCCGGACUUCAAGCAAACUGGAGAGAAACUGCAGGGUGUGGUGAAGGGGCUGAUGGAGGGCGUGAUAGAUGUGGCUGUUGCGCCAUUCUUUGGUGUCGAGAUCCAGCUGAAGGAUGGCACAAACAGUGACAGCGCACUGAUGAAAGUGUUGGAUAUCGAUCUUGGUAGAAGAUGA